CAAACUUGGAGAUUGGUGGAUUCCCAAUUCCCAAUGCCUAAGGCAACAUUGGGCCAGAAGAUCUGAGUUGGUUUGUCAGACCUAUGCGAGUCUGCUGGUGGCUACCUCACUCAGCUAUUAGCCCACUUAUCCCCAAGGUCUUAUCCUUUUCUGGAACAACAGCAAUGACAUAUAGAUUAGGCAGAACCCCCAAGGGUAAGAGGCCAAACCAGAAAGUUAGCUGAUGGAAGGAGUUGGUUACUACUCAGCUGUGGCUUGGUCAUCCUGUUUCAUCCCAGGCGCUUGAGUACCUGUAGGCUACCUCAGCCUUGGGCCUCUGUGGGCCUCUGUGGGCUAAGUGACACACCUGCCCUGAAUGGCCAAGAGCGCUGUUCACAGGGUCCUCUGGGAAGGGCAGGAUUUCCCAGUCUUCAAGGACAGGUAGGCUGUCCCCACUUUGACCUUGCUACAGUUUGCCAUCAAAGUGGCACAUCUCAGACUAAGGAGGAAGAUACAUUUGAUCCACAGCCUGUCAGAGGUUAGGAAUCCCUUGUCCUCUGUCCUCUGUCCUAUACUUUUUCUCUCCAAUCUGGUAAACCGGAAGGGUUUUUAAGUAAAUCAAUUGCAUGAAUUUGCUAGGACUGUUAUAACAAAAUACCACAGACUGGGUGGCUUAAUCUGCAGAAAUUUAUUUUUUCACAGUUGUGGAGGCUGGAAGUCCCAAGAUCAAGGUGCCAGCAGGCUUGGUUUCUCCUGAGGCCUCCUUCCUUGGCUUGCAGAUGGCUGUCUUCUUGCUGUCUCUUCAUCAUGCUGUCCCUCUUCUUACCGAAGGACUCCAGUCAUACUGGAGCAGAGCCCACCCUAACUGGCCUCAUUUUUAACUUUAUCACCUCUUUAAAGACCUAAUCUGCCCAUUCAGUCACAUUCCGAGGUACUGGGGAUUGGGACUUCAACAUAUGAAUUUGGGGGCAACAUAAUUCAGCCCAUAACACCAGUCAGCUCAGCCUGGUCCCCCCUCAGCUCUGUUCCUUAGCAGCAUCAGAACACUGCAGUAACCAGCAUGAUAUACAACUUCGUCUGUGACUUGUCCCUGUGCGUGUGACUGCAGAGAAUCAGGCCCCAUCUCUGUGUGGGUGCGUAGUCAAAGGGAACACAAUGAGAGAAAGACAAAAUAUGUUCAAAGGCACAAGAAGUCACCGGUGGCUGUGAAAGUCUGAGUAAGCUUUCAUGUGUCCUGUGAUGAUUUUUAGAUAAUUUCAGCAGCCCACCUGUCUUGAGGUGGGUUGAGCAAGGGUAGCUCACAGACCAGUGGGCCCCAGAAGUCAUCUGACAGAAAGUGUUACCUUCCCUUCUGGGCCUCUUCCUCCCCGUGCCGUGCCGUGCCGUGCCGUUCUGGGCAGACUCCCUGAUCUGUGAAUAGAUUCAUUGGCAUAAUCCUCUCAGUGUCUUGCCAACAAUUAUGUAUAUAUAUUUAAAUCUGCCCUCAGUGUUCAUUCCCUCUGGAAGUUGGGAAACCAGCCUUACAUGGACCAGGAGAGGAAAAUUUAGCCAGUUAUGUCUCCCAUUUCAUCGGCUGCUCUUUUCCCAGAGGCCUAUGGUUGGCCAUUCAUCUCCCUCCCUCUUCCCUUGCUGUGGGACAUCUUUGACCCGGAGAUUCUAGGGGCCAGCAGGUUGCCUUCUGAUAGCCCUUUGCAAAAAAUGUCCCCCAAGAGCUUUUCUCGACAAAGAACAUUUGUUCCCUAAGAAGGCACCCACCCUCCGCCAAGACAAGAGCAGAGUUCCUGGGGGCCCACCAUGAGAAUGGCAGAGACAAAAGCCUGGUGUUCUUGGAAACUGCCACUCCAUUCAGAAAUCCAAGAGAGAAGACACGGUUCAAUGUGUAGACCUUCUCCCUCUCCAGCCUCUCCACCCUCCCAUUCCAGGACAUCGUUAGUACAGGUGAAAACAAAAGCCUGUCUCAGCGGCCAGAACUCUGCCAGCAGCACCUCAAAGCCAUUCAAAACGCCCAAAGACAAUCUACUUACCUCCAGCAGCAAACAGCACACGGUCUUUUCUGCAAAAGGAUCAAGGGACAAACCAUGCGUUCCGGUUCCUGUAGUCAGUUUAGAGAAAAUUCCUAACCUAGUGAAGGCAGACGGUGCCAAUGUCAAAAUGAACUCUGCAACCACUACGGCAGUCACCUGCUCCACCUCGUCCUGUGCUGUCUCCACCCCACCUUUAAUCAAGCCAGUCUUGAUGUCCAAGUCAGUGCCACCUUCCCCAGAGAAGAUCUUAAAUGGCAAAGGAAUUGUGUCCACCACAAUAGACAAGAAACACCAAAAUGGCACCAAAAACAACAACAAGCCUUACAGGAGACUUUCAGAGAGAGAAUUUGACCCAAAUAAACACUGUGGAGUAUUGGAUCCCGAGACAAAGAAACCUUGCACAAGAUCCCUCACCUGCAAGACACAUUCGCUAAGCCAUCGGAGGGCAGUCCCGGGCCGGAAAAAACAAUUUGACCUCCUCCUGGCAGAACACAAAGCCAAGUCCCGGGAAAAAGAAGUUAAAGAUAAAGAGCAUCUCCUGACUUCGGCGAGGGAAGUACUUCCAAACCAACCCGGGCCAGCGCAGGACUGUCUGCCAGGACCUUCAGGGAGCUCUGGGCCAGAACCGAAAGUUGCGUCCCCUGCAAAAUCCAGGCCACCUAACUCUGUGCUUCCUAGACCAUCAUCUGCAAAUAGCAUCAGCAGCAGCACAUCUUCAAAUCACAGUGGCUACACCCCAGAACCCCCCCUGCCCCCCGCUGGAAGUGACCUCACCAGCCGACUAUCAAGUGAUGAAGGGGAGAUGGACGGAGCUGACGAACCCGAGAAGUUAGACUGUCAUUUCUCUACCCACCACCCCAGACCUCUUGCGUUUUGCUCAUUCGGGAGUCGCCUCAUGGGACGAGGGUACUAUGUGUUUGAUAGAAGAUGGGAUCGUUUUCGAUUCGCACUAAACUCCAUGGUAGAAAAACACUUGAAUUCACAGAUGUGGAAGCACAGAAACCCGAGCCCCAGGGCAUCAGGUCCCUCCCCCCUUUUCAGGACUUGCCUAACCAAUCUGCUGUCACUGAGCAACAUUGGGGCUGCCUGGGUGUCAACUCUGGAGAGCGUAGCACCCCGCUGCCCUCUCAACCUCGCUGCCCAAACCCCAGGCCCCGACGGGCCCGAACCUGGAGGGAUGGCAGCCGAUGGGGGCGUGGAAGACAUUAGGAAGAAAAGGAACGGCCAAGACUCUUUUUUCUUUAACAAGCAUUUAACUCUGCAUCAGGAGACGCCAACACAGUAUUCUCUUUCAGCCAGGAAGAUCCCUCCUGCGGCAGAUAGCCCCAUGCCCUCGCCAGCAGCCCACAUCACCACCCCCGUUCCAGCAUCCGUUUCCCAGCCUUUCAACAACCCCAGUGCUGUGUAUCUUCCUUCAGCUCCCAUCAGCUCGAGACUCACCUCUUCUUACAUAAUGACAUCAGCCAUGCUCUCAAACGCAGCUUUUGUGGCGUCGCCGGACCCGAGCGCCCUCAUGUCACACACCACAGCUUUCCCCCAUGUGGCUGCAACCCUCAGCAUCAUGGACUCAACCUUCAAGGCCCCAUCUGCCGUGUCCCCGAUACCAGCCGUCAUCCCUUCCCCAUCCCACAAGCCAUCCAAAACCAAAACCAGCAAAUCCUCAAAAGUCAAAGACCUGUCUGCCCGUAGCGACGAGUCUCCAAGUAACAAAAAGAGGAAGCCGCAGCCUUCGACUUCCUCCUCCUCCUCAUUAACCUUGCAGACAUCCCUCUCGUCUCCAUUAUCAGGGCCCCACAAAAAGAACUGUGUUUUGAAUGCCAGUUCAGCUUUGAACUCCUAUCAGGCGGCCCCUCCCUAUAACAGUCUGUCUGUGCACAACUCAAACAAUGGGGUGAGCCCACUCAGUGCCAAACUGGAGCCCUCAGGACGGACCUCGCUGCCCGGCGGCCCCGCGGACAUAGUGAGACACGUGGGCUCGGUGGGCGGCAGCAGUGACUCCUGUCCCCUCUCUGUGCCCUCCCUUGCAGGGGACCUCUCUCUGGCCUCACACAAUGCCGUGUCUUCGCUGCCCCUCUCUUUUGACAAAUCAGAAGGAAAAAAGCGUAAGAACUCGAGUUCUAGUAGCAAAGCCUGUAAAAUCACUAAAAUGCCUGGUAUGAAUAGCGUUCACAAAAAGACCCCGCCCAGCCUUCUCGCACCGGUGCCCGAUCCCGUUAACAGCACCUCCUCUCGGCAGGUCGGGAAAAAUAGCAGCCUAGCUUUGUCACAGCCCAGCCCUUCAAGCAUAUCCAGCCCAGGACACAGCCGGCCGAAGACCACAAACAGAACGGGCAGGAUAAGGACUCUUCCAUAACAAGACUGUGAAGCCGCUUCCAAACCUAUGCCAGGCCACCAAGGCCGAGGCGGGAGGAGGAGGGAGGGGAGCGCGCAGCCGGGCAGAGUCUGUUUCCUGGGCCGGGUGCCUGUGGCUCUGGCCUUUCUUCUUCCUUUUUUAAUUGACCAGUUUUUAGUUUUGAAGAAAAAAGCAAAAGGCGAAAGAACGUAAAUUUAAGAUUUACGGAAAACAAUACCAGUGUUUUGUUUCGGUUCUUUCAUUUGCCAUGUGUAUUCGUUCUUCCAAGUUUGGGGUCGCUCCUCUAGCUUCCGACGCUGCUGUUGCACCAUCAUUUCGCUCCAGCCGCGAGAGCAGACAGGCCGAAUGUCCGUUCCCGCUUGGCGUUGUCUGAAACCUUGAACUUGAGCGCGUGCAGUGCUCCUUUCCUCGACCUCUCCCACCCGUCCCUUCCACCCCCUCCCCCCCUGCCGCUUACCGGGUCCCCACUGGCCAUGCAGAAGCAGCUGGCUCGCACCGGCUCCCCCCUGGACGGCAUGUGGGGGAGGGGCUUUGCUGGGGAACAGCCUGUGUUUGGGGAGCCGAGACCCCAAACCCCCGCCCAGGCUGAGCGCCCUCGUCAGGUUUCUGCGCUGCACCAGCCCCGCAGGAGCCAGAUGCUAUGGGCAAAACGAAGAAGAAUGGCCAUGGAAUUAUGUCUUUUGGAGAAUACCACUGUCCAGCUGUGCAGCUCAGAGAGGAUCUGCUGGGUCAGGGACAGGGGCUGGAAUGGGCCUGGAAGGUGGCAGGAGGCAGAGCUCAUGCAGAGGGGAGGAUAUCCCUCAAAAGACUGAUAAUCUGAGCUCGUUAGGAAUCCAUGCGGCAGAACCCCUUCCAGGGUGCGGGUGUACGAGGGCGCCAAAGUCAGGCGAACCAGAGAAGGAGAAAUCCCAGGGAGAAGGGCACGAGACCCCAGGAAGCCACUCAGGGCUUGAGUUGCAGCUUCCACAGCGCUGGAAAUUCACAAGCUGCCCCCCCCCGGGGGGGGACUAGGCAAGAGGAGGAAAAGCAGGGCUAGGGGGGCAGGAAGGGUUUGAGCAAAGCUUCCAUGGAGGGUUAACACCUGAUGAGAAUAAAUACAGCGCUGCCCAUGCUCCUCCGUGCCCUGGGCCCCAGGGGCCCCUACGGUCAGCACACCAUUGAUCAGCUUUGGCUAGGUUAUCAGCAGCCCCACCUCGGAUACAGCCAUCCCAGGGAGGUGUCGUAGCCCAGCUACCGCUUAGUGAAGAAGCUAUUUGGAAGAGCGGGAAGAGAGAAGCUAGAGCCCUACAGCUAUGAAACUGUUCACACUGGAGUUCUGAAGGAAAUAGCAAUACCACAAGCUCUGCUAGGGAAUGGUAAUCAGGAAAGGAGUUCACCGUAUGAAACAGGCAUUCUGUGCUAUUAAUCAUGAACUAGGAAGUUUUGCUUCAUCCCUAAACAGAAAUGAAUGCCAGUUUCACAGCUGGACCCAAACCCUCAGCCCUACCCCGAAGUUUUCCUUCCCAUCCCCACAACCCAAAGAUCAGACUACUGUUAACGUUUCACCACAUUGGAUUUCGCAAAGACGGGAGGCAAACGGAGUGAUUUGUAUCAAUGGAAUUGCACUGACCGUGUUUCUUAUAGGAUUCCUAAAAUUUUUAAUAUAAAAUGAAGAUUUUUUUAAAAAUCAGGAGUUGAUAUUAGGUACCAGGACAUUAGUUCAGAUGAUUUCAUUUUUAUUUCUACAGUGUUAAAAGUGCACUUAUAUGCCGGUUUAUUUACGUCUUGGGAAAAAGAGACUACAAAUUGAAGGGAAGGUGGUUACUUUUUCUUUUUAAAAAAAAAAAGUUAAGGCAGAUUUUAAGACUUAUAAAAUGUUUAAGAAAUUAUAAACAGGUUAGACCCUUUGGAAAAAAAGUUUAGAAGAUAUUCUUAAAGUAAAUUUUUAUAGUGUUAAUUUUGUAAUAAUUUAUGUUUUACUAUAUUACAGAGCUAACUGACCAGAAUAGUUUCAGAAACAAUAUGAAACGUAGGAAAGUUUAAGCAAUGUUUAUAUUUUUAAAAUGUUCUUUGAAUUAUGUUUUUAUUGUACAUUUCUUCAGACUGAAAAGUAUGUACAUAUCUUUGUUAUUUUUGCACAAUUUUUUGUCUCGUUCGGUUUUAGAAGUCUGUUGUUUUUUUAUAAUUUAUUUUAAGUUGUAAAACUUGCAGGAGUUAAAAACAAAAAACAAAAAAAAAGUCUCAGCAACAAAAUAACCCUCUGAUUUAUAAACUCUUACACUCAAAGAGGGAAAACAAAGGUUGAGAGAUUAAGUGGCUGCUUCUGAGAAAUAAUGUCUCGACAGGGACGAAAGGAGCAAUUCAAUUGGCUUAAACAUUUUAGCUGUCUGCAUCUUGAAUUGCAAGCUGGAAUAGAGAGGCUCCCCACCGAAUGCUGCUUACUUGGUGAAAGACUGGCUCUGACCAAGGUGAGGACAUUUCUGGAAAACUGAGCAAAAAGGGAAAACCCACGGUGUUUCUUCCUUCACAAUCAACCACAGGUUUACUUUAUAAUGAUGUAUUAAAAACUCACAGCUUGAAAAAUGGAAUGCAAAUAAAAGGUUUUCUUGGGGUUUGUUUUAACAGAGUUCAACUGGACCAGCCUAUAAAGCAUUAUUAGGGUGAUACCCUUUGGGUACUUCUGUUCUGCUCAUCCCACCCCAGCCCCUUGACUGCGCACACGCGCGCACACACACACACACACACACACGACCCCACCCCACCCCCAUUUGCCUGAAGAUCUUGUGACUUGUUGCCAGCCAUAGAGGCUCAAAAGCUCUGGGUGUUAAGCAUAACACAAUGCAUAGACCUGUCAGCC